AUGUUGGAUAUAUCCUUGGCGCGGCCCGAUGUUGCCGCCUUAGUUGUGGCCAGCAACAACAGUGGCACUAACGGCGGGGAGAGCACCUGUGGGAUCAAGCGAGGUGCCCAUUUGCGUCCAGCAUUGUACGUAGAGGUUGCAGAUGAACCUGUUCAAGAUGUUGGGGAAGGAACUAGUGGUGGUCAGUAUGAUGGUGCAGGGAGUAGUGGUGUUGGUGGUACCAAUGAAGAUGACGAUGACACAGAAGAUGACGUACAUGGGAACAAUGACGAGGAGUUUGUGCCGUCCGAUGAGUCUGAUGAUGAUUACAGUGACCAUGACACAUCUUCAGUAGUACCUUCUAUUUUUGAUGACAUCAAUGACAUAGACAAGUCUGAACUGGAUGAGGAUUCUGAUGGGAUCACAAUGUGGGACGGUAAUUGGCAAACGGUUAGACAUGGUGUACAUUUUGCUAACAAGAAAGAGUUUGUUUGGAUGCCGUAUUCUCCUGCUACCCUAGCAGACAUUGAUCCAUCUUGCUCUGCCGGCUCCGCCAUAUGGAUGUCCCAGACUUGGCUGCUUUAUUUUGGUAUCCGAGAGCCACACAUCCCAGGCAGGGUGUUGCGCCAGUUCGGCUUCUUGCAGCGGGUGCCUGACAACACUUUCAUCAUGGAGAAAAAAGAAAUAGAAAAGUUGCAUAAGGAGACGCGUGGUAAGAAAUGUCGAGAUGACGUCUUACAGAGGUGGGAGACUCGACACAACACCCUUGCAGGUCUUCAGACGGAUAUGACUCUUGAACCCCAGGCAGAACCGGAAUAUCUAGUGUGGUAUCAAAAUCGCACUGUCACUUUGGUCACCAAUCCAUCAGACUAUCGUCAGCCCCAGGGUUUUCAGGGAUCUGCUGAGUCACUACAUAUAAUGGCCAAUUUAGUGCAAAACAUGCGGCAUAUUACUCUAGAUGAGCUACAACAUAAUCCAGCUGAUUCUUGGAAUCACAUUGCCUUCCUACAGCUGCACGAUUUGACACAACAGGCAAUGACUGUCAGCAAGACAUCUGUUUGGGCUGAUAGUGAGAACCCAAGCCAAGAUUUUGUUCCAACUGCCCCAACCCAGGAGUAUAUCCCACCUAGGCCUCCCAGGACUGACCGAGGCGGCUUCCAGUUAGGGAGUGGGAGAAUGAGAAAGCCUGUGGCCACCCAGGAUACCGGCGGGCAAUCUUCUACCCCGCAUGUGUCUCCUUACCGUCCAGCAUCGCCACACCACCAUCCCUCUCCUCCUUUUGAGCAAAUGCAUUUUGAUUCAGAUUUUAUUAAUCUAGAUCCUAAUGCUGGGGUUUCUUUGAGACUAGUUACGAGGGUGGUCAUCAUAGUCAGCAUCUAG